AUGGCUCGCCGUGUGAUGUCGCUGAUGCUGCUGGCCGCAGCUGUGGCCGCGCUUUGCCGCAGCACGGCCUUCUUGGCUGCCCCAAAGGACCUGCCUCGUGCCGACGUCCUGGCAGCUUUGGCACCCAUGGUGAUGGUUCAGCCUGCCUUUGCUGAAGCGGAGCUGCCGUACAACGGCGACUUCGAUACCCCCAAGUACUACGAGGAGUCGACCUCGUCCGACCUGACAUACCUGCUCUUCUUCACGGCCGCGACUCUCGUUUACAUGGGCAAGACUGCCUUCGACAAGAGCGGUGCCAAGAGCUUGGGCGACGCAGUGAGCAAGUGA